AUGAGUAUGAUGGGAGAGCUAACUUACUUUCUUGGACUAAAAAUCAAACAAUCUCUCAAAGGUAUCUUUAUCAGUCAAACCAAGUACAUCAAGGAGAUUUUGAAGAAGCUUGCCAUGGAGAAUGCUAAUCCCAUUGGGACUCCAAUGAGUCCAACAACUACGCUUGAUGAAGAUAACAAUGGAAAAAGUGUUGAUGAAAGUAUUUAUAGAGGAAUGAUUGGAUCCUUAUUAUAUCUCACUGCCAGUCGACCGGAUAUAAUGUUCAGUGUGUGUAAAUGUGCAAGGUUUCAGUCGGCUCUAAAGGAAUCUCAUCUUACUGCUAUUAAAUGCAUUAUAAGAUAUCUUAUUGGGACCUCUGAAUUAGGAUUAUG